CCGGAAUCUCCCAUCUAUGUUAUUCAGACAAGGUUCGUUUCUCGGGGGGAGUUUCACAAAUCGAACAGAAAGGGAUCUCCGUGUCUGAAAAAGGUAAGCCCUUUUAUUAUUGUCUCAAGCAAAGAAUCAAGCUUUUGUAAGUGUAAACUUUCCUCCUCUCCUUCAAAAUUCUCGCAUUCUCCGUCUCAGCAGUCGUCAAAUUUCAAGUCGGUAUAAGGGAUCAAUGAUGACAGAGAUCUUUAGUGACACAGGAUUGAGACAGUUAACACAAAUGUUCAUGGCGAUAAUCUUCUUCCACACAUCAGAAUACAUUCUCGCCUUAGCCAUUCACGGACCAUCAAGAGUAACUCUAAGCUCACUCUUAAUCACCAAACACUAUGUUUUAGCAAUGCUAGUCUCACUCCUCGAGUACCUAAUCGAGAUAACUCUCUUCCCGAACCUGAAACAACACUGGUGGAUCAGCAACUUCGGUCUUGUAAUGAUUCUUCUCGGCGAAGUCCUUCGCAAAACCGCGAUCAUCACUGCAGGUAGAUCCUUCACGCACCUUAUAAAGAUUCGCCAUGAGGACCAUCACAAGCUUGUGACGCAAGGAGUGUAUAGAAUCGUGAGGCAUCCGAGUUACUCCGGGUUUCUUAUCUGGUCUGUGGGGACGCAGGUGAUGCUGUGUAACCCUGUUUCGGUGAUUGCGUUUGCGGUUGUGGUGUGGAAGUUCUUUGCGGAUAGGAUACCUUAUGAGGAGCAUUACUUGAAGCAGUUUUUUGGGAGACAGUAUGUUGAGUAUGCGCAGAGGGUUCACUCUGGUGUUCCUUUUGUAAACUGAAAACAAUUUGAAUCAGUUAUUAAACAUUAUAGGUUUGGUUGAUUACUGUUUACUAAUGUAUUUGUCACUGCUUAGUUAUUUGGUUAUUCAUGAGUGAAUUAAAGCUGAUAUUUUAUUUCUUUUGCCUUGGAUUAAUCUUGGGUUUGGUGUGUUGAGGUGUCAAAAUGACUUCAACUUAAUUUUUAU